UACAAUCAAAGGUUCAUUUAGAGUUUCCCAAAAGACUAUAAUUCCAAUGCAUCAAAAGUGUCUUGUGUGUGUGUAUAUGCACAUAAAUUCUCACAUAUAUUUAAUAUAUAUGAGUGAAAAUACAUGCAAAGGGGAAGAGAGAGGUGAGAAAAGGGAGUCUACUUUUAAGGAAAAAGUUAGAUGAAAGCAACAAGAGAGAGCUUAAAAAUGGCAGACAAAUAGCAGAUAAAAUAUACCAAUUACUGCCAGCUAGAGAUGGAUAUCCACUAACCUCAGCCGGCUAUCAACCAAAGCUGAUCUCCCUGCAAAUGUCUAUAAGACUUUUGUCUCUCCCAACAUUUCUUCACACAACUCAUGUCCCGUGUCUGACUUUUUCUCCUCGUGUACUUCCUUCCCAUUAUAAUGAUAAACCUUUAAUCUCCAACAAGGGAUAAAUUUCCUGGUGAGAAUUUGAGUCUUAGUUAAGAAUUUCCAUGGAAGCCAACCAUCUUGAAGAUUCAAAGAGCUCGAGUGAAGAGACUGAUAAAUCAGAGCAAAUCAUCGAUGAUAUGCGCGCCGGUCGUCGGUCCUACGAGUGUGUGUUUUGCAAGAGAGGGUUCACCACAGCACAAGCCUUAGGUGGGCAUAUGAACAUCCACAGGAAAGAUAGAGCCAAGAGCAGGCCUAGCUCGGUUCCUAUAGUUUCACUUUCAGGCAACAAAGCUGAUGAUAAGAAUUACCCAAGUUUUAGGCCUUAUUCCUAUCCGCCAAUCCGAAGCUAUCAGCCACAUUACUCCAUUGCUCCUGAGGUACAUGUAAGUUAUCAAGCUUUUCUUCCAGUUUCAGGUUGGGGUUUUACGCUACCCCCGCACACAGCUCAACUGUUUGUAGACAAUUCAAAGCACCUGAAUCCGUUUGGCGAAGAUGAUCAUGAAAACAAGAAGGCUGAUGGAUAUAAUGAUAAAGAAGAUGAAUUAGACUUGGAGCUUCGAUUAGGUCAUGAUCCCUAGUAUAUAUAUCACUAUAUAUUCUAUAUUAAAUACUCAUAAUAAAGAAGUUUCUCAAUGUACAGCAGUUGUGGAUAUAUUCUUUAUAAAGCACACGAAAUAAGAAGAAUGAUUACUUAUAGAAAGAAGAAGGAAAAGGGGGUUAUUUUUAUGCUUAAUAUAUACUUCAAAGAUGGAAGGCCCGCAAGAUGGAUUCUGUAAGAUGUUCUUUCUUAUGUGAUCUUUUGCACAGUCUUCAUGUUUUAGUGAAGUUGUAAACUUGAAAUAUUUUCAUGUGAAAUUAAUUAUUAGUAGAAA